CUUGAUUUCCCCCCCAGAAUUCAGAACCCAAUCCAACAAACCGUCCGCGUUCCCCUUCUCCAUCGAUUGCCCAGUGGCUGGAUCUUGCUCUUGCCCUCUCGCCAUCUCGGCUUCGAAACACCCGAUUGCACUUCUUGAUUCCUGUCUUCCCCGUUUCUUUUCGUUUGGCUUUUGUGCUGCUAGGGUAGAGAGUGUUACUGCUCCCGCAAUGGCGGAUCUAACGCAAGGCGCCAUCGCCCUUAUUGCCGGAGGCGCUACUUCGGGCGAACUGCAGCCGACCUUGCAAGUGACGGAGCUGAAGAAGGUCCAGGCGAAACAGCAGCAGCAGCAGCAAGGCGACCGGUUCAGGCUUCUGCUGUCGGAUGGUUCACACUUGCAGCAGGCCAUGCUCGGCACGCAGCUUAACCACUUGGUGCAAAAUGGGAACUUGCGAGCUGGUUCGAUAGUCCACAUGAAGCAGUACUCUUGCUCGGUCAUCCAAAACAGAAUGAUUAUUAUUAUACUUGAAUUGGAUGUUUUGCUUCAAGAAUGCCCUCUGAUUGGCAAUCCCUCAUUGCUCAAGUCGUCAGGGACACCAGAUCCACCAAAUCCUCACCUUGCUGGUCCGGCAGUUACAAACCCAAAUCCACCUGCAAACUCUGUGCAAUAUCCUAGGCUUAAUCAACCAAACAGUGGUUCUUAUACUACGGGUUAUGAUUCCGCGAGAAAUGCUGGUGGUACCACUGUGUCUUCUUUUGGUAUGAAGUCUGAAACUGGUGUUACAUCGCUAGGACCAUCGUCAUCAGGAAUGCCAUACGCUAACCAGUCUGCAGCCUUCCGCAACUCCAGGCAGGAAGGAACUGGGGUUCCUCCAGGUGGUUAUUCUAAUAUGUCUAAACCAGCAUAUCAGCAACCGCCUCCAAUGUACAGCAACAGGGGACCAGUGGCAAGGAAUGAAGCUCCCGCGAGGAUCAUUCCAAUUUCUGCUUUGAAUCCAUACCAGGGAAGGUGGACAAUUAAAGCUAGGGUGACUGCAAAAGCAGAAAUGAGGCAUUAUAACAAUCCUCGCGGUGACGGGAAAGUAUUCUCCUUUGAUCUUCUUGAUUCUGAUGGAGGUGAAAUUAGAGUAACCUGCUUUAAUGCUGUUGCUGAUCAGUUCUACUCCCAGAUUGAAGUUGGCAGUGUGUAUUUGAUUUCCAAAGGGACCUUAAAACCUGCCCAAAAGAACUUCAAUCACCUUCAUCAUGAUCUAGAGAUUUCAUUGGAUAAUGGCUCAACCGUCCAGCAAUGUCAUGAUGAUGACAACUCUAUUCCGAGGCAGCAGUUUCAUUUUCGUCCAAUAAGUGAGGUCGAGGGGAUGGAUAACAACAGUGUUGUGGAUAUAAUUGGCAUUGUGUCUUCUGUUAGUCCAGCAACCUCGAUAAUGAGAAAAAAUGGCACCGAAACUCAGAAGAGAAGUAUACAGCUGAAAGACAUGUCUGGCCGUAGUGUUGAAUUGACCUUGUGGGGAAACUUUUGCGGUGCAGAAGGACAAGAACUGCAAAAUAUGUGCGAGGCAGGUCACUUCCCUGUUCUGGCAGUCAAAUCUGGCAGGGUUAAUGACUUUAGUGGCAAGGCUGUGGGUACUAUUUCUACAAGUCAGCUACUUAUCGAGCCUGAUUUUGCGGAAGCUCAAAAUCUGAAACAAUGGUUUGACAGGGAUGGGAAAAAUACCCCUUCUAUCUCUAUUUCCAGGGAGUGGUCUGGUGCAGGAAGGACUGAUGUUGUGAAGACUAUCUCUCAAAUCAAAGAUGAGAAGCUUGGGACUUCAGAAAAACCAGAUUGGAUUAGUGUCAAUGCGGCUGUCGUAUUCAUAAAGCAGGAUAAUUUUUGCUACACAGCUUGCCCUCUAAUGCUUGGGGACCGACAGUGUAACAAGAAGGUUACAAACAAUGGCGAUGGGAGGUGGCGGUGUGACCGAUGUGAGCAAUCUGUUGAUGAAUGUGAUUAUAGGUACAUACUCUCGCUCCAGAUACAAGACCACACGGGCUCAACAUGGUUAACUGCUUUCCAGGAAUCAGCUGAGGAGCUGAUGGGAAUAUCCGCUAAAGACCUCUACUUUAUGAAGUUUGAGAAACAAGAUGACGAUGGGUUUUCGAAAGUUCUUCGUCGAGUUAUGUUUGUCAGAUAUAUAUUCAAGCUGAAAGUGAAAGAGGAAACAUUCAGUGACGAGCAGCGAGUGAAGUCUACUCUUGUCAAGGCAGAUAAAGUAAACUAUGGAUCCCUAUCCAAAACCUUUCUGGGUUUGAUGGAAAACUUCAAAUCUGGGAACCUGACUGCUUCAGUCCCCAAGGUAGAAAGUAGUUACACAAAUUCUGUGCAGAGUUCUCCUGGAAAGGGGAAUUUCGGAAGUGGGCAAACAGGAUCGAGUUCAAUGGGCUUGCCGGCUAAUCAAGCAGGUCAGUACAGUAACCAAUACAACUCAAGGGUUCCUACACCAACUGCAUCUGGGGGACCAAUCUUGUGUAACAUCUGUGGAGGCACAGGCCAUAUCGCUUCAAAUUGCCCUAGAACCUUCACUAAUCCUCAACAGCCUGUACGAGGGGCCUAUGUCAAUAGAACAUUGUAUGGAGCUGGUGCAGGCGGCGGCGGCGGUGGAGGCGGAAGCGAAUGCUAUAAGUGCCACCAGUUUGGGCACUUUGCUAGAGACUGUCCAGGGUCAGCCACUGGUCCUCAAUCGCAUGGUAACAGGUACGGUGGCGGUUAUGCAAACCAACAGAUUGGUGGCUUCUGAACCCUCAAUUACAAGCCAGCCAGCUGAAUUAACUAGCAAGUAGUUCAUAGAAAUAGAGGCGCCAAGUUACCAGUAAGCCGUCAUCCUGUAUAGUCGUUAGUUUUUUUUUUUUUGGCCUUUGUCAAACUUUUGUUAUAUACAGGAUCAGGUAUCUGAAUGUUGCCAAACACAGCUUCAUCUACUUGUGGAACUUGGUGCUCUUUUUUCUGGGUUUUUGUUGUGAUUUCUGUUUGCUUGCGCAUUAUCGCAUCAAGAAAUCUAUGUUCUGGUAAUAUGAUUCUUUGCAUCUUUUGGCCUAUCAGGUUCCUGAUCCUUAUGGUAGAUAAAGAAAUAACCUUUAUAAAAAAAAUAGAUCAAAUGACUAGGCAAAUUACAGGGGGAAAAGAAAAAAGCUCUAAGAACGGGGCUGUAGAAACAAUUGGAUUUCGCCGAGAAAGCUGCUCCCCGGCGGCCGAUUCUCCUUCCUGACAUAGCCCUCCCCGUCUCUCACGGUGUACUCGCUCAGCCCUUCCCCGAUUCUCUCCCACAUCUUCUCGCCAAACGCCCGAUCAGCGAAAUAAGCCUCCGCCGCCGAUUGAUCACCUCCGUCGCCGUCGCCGUUUCUCUCCACCCGGAUCGGCAGCCGCUCGUAGUGCCCCACGCGGGUCCCUUCCAGCUCGUCCACGCGCACCAUCCCACGCGACGACACGCGGUAGAGCUCGCCUUUCACGCGCCGGCCCUGGCCCGGGAUGUUGAUCAGGUACGGGAUACCGUUGGGCCCGAUCACCAGCGGGUACGGCUGCUGGGUGACGCCGGAGGUGAUGAAAGCGGCGUCGCCGGAGGAGAUUAGGUCUUCCAUUAGGUUGUGAUUUGGGAAGCCUCGCUUCAGCGUGCCGUAGGAGAAGAUUAUGGAGCCCUGGGCGGCCAUUUGGGAGAGGUAAGUGGCUGAGUGGAAGAAGAAAUGCCACGGAGGAGAUGAAAUUUGUUUGCUGUGGUUGGCGACUUGGCGUAUGGUGUGCUGAUGGUGG